AUGAAGGUACGGAAGAGUCGUCAGACCGUAAUUUGGUGGGUUCACUCUCGGAGAUAUGAAGGUACGGAAGAGUCGUCAGACCGUAAUUUGGUGGGUUCAUUUUCGGCAUCAUAUGUGAUCGAUUCCUUUACGAAAACUCGAUAUGCAAGGUUGAAAGAAGAUGCAGAUGGUUGGAAUAAUGCUAUUGCCCAAUUUCUCGAGACUAACAGGGUAGUUUAUGAGGAUGACUAUGGGGUUCACGAUCCAGAGGGGGCCAUAACCGAUAUCUUCGCUUUAAGAGGCGGAAUCAGCAGUACUUGA